AUGGAGGAUUGGCAAGUUCCACUGCCUCGUCUCAUUGAUGAAGGCAGAUAUAAUCUCUGUCUUACUGGAUGUAAACCAGUUGAUAUCCCAAUAAAAAAAGGGAUCAAACUCAAUGAAUUAAAUAGUCCAGAAUUGGCUGAACCCGAGAUGUUCAGAAGGCUUGUUGGACGUUUAAUUUACUUGAGUUUUACAAGACCAGAUAUCGGUUUUAGUGUCCAGCAACUAAGUCAAUAUAUGCAGAAACUGCUGGAAGUCCAUUGGGAGGUUGCCUUACAGGUUGUCAAGUACCUUAAAGGCACGCCUUCACUUGGACUGUUUUACUCUUGUAAUACUAAUAGUGUACUUGAGGCUUUUUCAGAUGCCGAUUGGGCAACUUGUACAGACAGUCGGAGGUCCCUUACAGGUUAUUGUGUUAAACUUGGAGGAGCCAUGGUGUCUUGGAAAACAAAAACAAAACACAGUCUCAUGAUCCACUGUAGAAGUGGAAUACCGAAGCAUGGCCACCACUGUAUGUGA